GUAUGUGUAUAACAUUCGCGUCAUGCAAGCAGACCUGUCGUGGUCUUCUUUGUUCGCGGCAUUCGUAUGCUCGACAGUCAUAGUUGCUUCAAGCAUAAGUACAGGAAGUGUACGUCUGAAUGGUUCUUCUCUAAGCAACCAAGGCAGAGUGGAAAUUUACUACAAUUUUGAAUGGGGCACGGUGUGCGACGAUUACUUCGAUAUCAAAGAUGCUAUUGUCGUAUGCCGCCAAUUGGGAUUCUUCGGUGCUGUGUCUGUUUAUCCGGAGGCUUAUUUCGGUCAAGGGACAGGAGAAAUUUGGAUGGAUGACGUUCACUGUAGCGGUACAGAGUCUUCACUCGCUGACUGCUCAUUUGCUGAUUGGGGUUUCACAAAUUGCGGUCACUCUGACGACGUAGGAGUUAAUUGCUCUUCAAGCAUAAGCACAGGAAGUGUACGUCUGAGUGGAUCUUCUCUAAGCAAUCAAGGCAGAGUGGAAAUUUACUACAAUUUUGAAUGGGGCACGGUGUGCGACGAUUCCUUCGAUAUCAAAGAUGCUAUUGUCGUAUGCCGCCAGUUGGGAUACUCCGGUGAUGUGUCUGUUUAUCCGAAGGCUUAUUUCGGUCAAGGGACAGGAGAAAUUUGGAUGGACGACGUUCACUGUAGCGGUACAGAGUCUUCACUCGCUGACUGCUCAUUUGCUGAUUGGGGCUUCACAAAUUGCGAUCACUCUGAAGACGUAGGAGUUAAUUGCUUUACUGUUGACAGUGGCGAAUCUAGAGGAGGCAUUAUUUAAGGGCACGUGCUAUCCGUUUAUACGACAGGAAACGUCACUCAGUCGAUGCCAUUUAUGAUCUUUCACUUGUGCUAUCUUUCUGUAAUUGACUGCUAUGCCGGAAAACAGCCACAAAGAAUGCAGCUUAUCAAAUCCACUUGAAGAUCCAAAAACUAAAAAAAAUUAAUAUUUGUAAGUGGCCACCUUCCACUUUACAUUUAGCAUGUCAGACUUGCAUGAUUAAG